GCAUACCCGAAACCCUCAAUAAACCCUAAACCCGGAGAAACCCGGGACCUUCGUCUGCCUCCCAUAUGGCUUCGAUCUCCGGCCUUCGAUCCCUAAACCGUUACUCUCUCUCUUCUCUCCGAUCAUUCGUCGCCAAAUCCAAGGGAACGAUGCGGUCCCCUUCCUCCGCCGCCUCCCGAACCGCCACCGCCUCCUCCCCUUCUCCAACUCGCCGUUUCCCAUCGUUCUCGAGGUCUCCGGUGGAACUUGGAUGCUUGAAUGGGACUCUGUUCCCCCUUCACAGUGCCGUGGCGGCGGCGAGGCUGACGUCGUGUUUGAGCUUGACGUCUCGGAGCUGCAGGGCUCUCUCACAGGAUGGAAUUGAUGGUACGUGAAACAUAAUUCAUCCUUUUUGGUGUUGAAGAUGGGAGCCUCUGAUCUACAACCAUUUUUUCCCUCAUAAGAAUAGUAAAAUUGCUUUGAUAAUUGUGAAGGUGGUUUAUAAAUAUUUUGUUAUUUGCGGAAUUGUAAAAGAUGCAGUUCAUGUUGAAUUUGAUAAUAAAACUUGCAAUAUAAUUUUGUUACAUGAGAUAUCGAGGUAGGGUACCAUCCUGAACAAGAGAGGAUCUUACCAUAAUUAUCCUAUCAUUCUCAUCGGCAUGUUUUAAGAUAUCCUGCUUCCUAAAUGUCAGAAUAGGGAUGGGACUGGCAAAUCAGAGAAGUACCAUAUCACAGUAUUAAAAGCUUUAGUUGCCACGUAGAACACAAAUUUCAGAUUUGGUAGGAAAUAUGGAUCAAGGGAUGUUGAAUUCUAAGUUGCUGAGAAUUUUGUUAUAUCUGAGGUGAUAGCAGCAGCCA